AUGUCCUGGAAAGACUCAAACUGCCAUAGGCGCAUUCUCCGUGAUGCCGAAGCCGGCCGCUACGGCGUUAUCGCCGCCAUCGCGUACAACAUCGAACAAGUUUUGGGCCUGGUUCGAGCUGCCGAGACUGCUCGCUCACCACUAAUUAUUCAAUUCUUCCCCUGGGCCAUCGAGGCCACCGAUGGCUUGCUGGUGCGUACCGCUGCGGACGCUGCCAAACGCGCGAGCGUUCCCAUCAGUAUUCACCUCGAUCAUGCCCAGUCGGAAGCUAUCAUCAAGCGAGCAGCGGAGCUGCCUUUCGAUAGUAUUAUGGUCGAUAUGUCGCACUACGAGAUGGAGGUUAACUUGAAGGUGACCCGUGAGCUGGUCAAAUAUUGCAACGAUCGCCAGAAAGCUACCGAGGCUGAGCCGGGUCGUAUUGAAGGAGGAGAGGACGGAGUCAUGGACACAGCGGGUUUAAAGGCAUGCAUGACGACCGCCGAGGAAGUGAACGACUUCGUCGACACAGGUGUGGAUGUGCUUGCCCCUGCCUUUGGCAAUGUCCACGGUGAAUAUGGUCCACGCGGCCCACAACUGGAUUUCGAGAGAUUUGAGAAGAUUCGCAUCCAAGCAAACGGCCGAGUUUAUUUGGCCCUGCACGGCACCAACGGGUUUGCACCAGAGCUGAUGAAGCGCUGCGUGGCCGCUGGUGUCACCAAGAUCAACGUGAACCGGCUGGUGCUGGAUGGCUACUACGACCACCUCCGAGCAAAUGUGGACAAGAUGCCGCACACCCAGCUUAUCGAGGAGGGUAUUCAGAAGGUGGCGGAUCUGACCAUUAAAUGGAUGGAGAUCUGCGGGUCCGCGGGCAAGGCAUGA